AUGGACGCGGAAUUGAAUGGAACAUUUAUAACUCUUGGUGGUUAUGUAGACGUGGACAAAUAUGGAUACGUGUACUUUGUCAUCUUGUUGACAGUAUAUAUUCUCAUCCUGUGUACUAAUUGCACUAUUAUAUAUCUAAUCUGCAUCCACAGGAACCUUCAUGAGCCUAUGUACAUUUUCAUUGCAGCCUUGUCGCUCAACUCGGUUUUGUUCAGCACUGUUCUCUACCCCAAACUUUUCAUUGACGUCUUAUCUCAAAAACAGACCAUUUCUUAUUCCGCAUGCAUGUUUCAAUUUUUGAUAUUUUACUUGUUCGGCGCUUCAGAUAUCUUACUGCUGUCGGCCAUGUCUUAUGACAGGUAUGUGUCUAUCUGCAAACCUCUGCACUAUCCAACUAUCAUGGGGACACGAACGGUCAUCGUCCUCUUGACCGUGGCCUGGUUUCUACCUGCCUGCCAGUUUUCUGUGUCAAUAGUAAUCAUGGCAAACCACAAACUGUGUCAACUUACAUUAGAAGGGUUUUUUUGCAACAAUUCAGUUUACAAGCUUCACUGCAUGACAUCGCCCAUUCUCAACGUGUGGGGGUUAGUCAGUUUGGUCAACCUCUGUCUCAUUCCUUUUAUUUUCAUCAUUUUUACGUACGUGAAGAUAUUCCUAAUAACGUAUCACGGUUGUGUAGACGUCAGGAAAAAGGCCGCAGAGACGUGUCUACCUCACUUGAUGGUUUUAUUCAGCUCUUACUGUUUAGGGUUUUUUGACAUCAUCAUGGCUCGAAUGGAGUCGGAUUUUCCUAAACUUGUACGUUUAGUCAUGACUUUACAAAUAGUGGUGUAUAACCCUCUGUUCAAUCCAAUCGUAUAUGGGGUGAAAAUGAAAGAAAUCCGGAAUUGCAUCAAAAGAUUGUUUUGUCGUCCGGAAAACAAAAUAACAUGA